AAAGAUGGUCACAGCCUCCGUUCCUCCCACACUCGGACACUGCCUUGAACAAGCGGAAGCCCUUAGCUGAAAGAGAAGAUGGCCACAGUACCAGGGCAGCUCGUAUGGGAGAUCGUGAAGAAGAACAACUCUUUUUUGGUUAAAGAGUUUGGUAGGGGCACUCAGAGCGUCCAAUUCAGCAAAGAGAGCAAUAAUCUUUACAACCUCAACACUUUCAAGCACUCUGGUUUGGCCAACAAGAAGACCAUCACUAUUCAACCUGCUGGUAAAGAUCAAUCUGUCUUGCUUGCAACUACCAAGACAAAGAAACAGAACAAGCCUGCUUCUUUGCUUCAUAAAUCUGUCAUGAAAAAGGAGUUUCCAAGGAUGGCAAAGGCUGUGGUAAACCAGGUGGCAGACAACCACUACAGGCCUGAUCUUAAGAAGGCAGCCCUUGCAAGGUUGAGUGCUGUUCAUAGGAGCCUCAAAGUUGGCAAGUCUGGUGUCAAGAAGAGGAACAGGCAGGCCGUGAAGGUCCGUGGCAGAAAGUGAAUUGGGAAGAGUUUCUUGCAUUCAGCUCUCUAGUGUUCCUUUGCUUUUUGUAUUCCUAGAACUUUAUAUUGAGUUGAGCUCGCUAGGCGCUUCUUAUCCUUCUAUACAAAAUCGAAACUCGAAUGGUAUAGUUUUUAACUUGUUUAAUUUGUUUGCGGCAUGAUAUGCUUCCCUUCUAUCUGUUUACAUGAUAUAGCUUCGCAUUUGCUUUAUUUAAAAAAGGUUGUGAUUCAGUUGGACAGAUAAA